UUAUAGGCACAUCGACUGCGCACGGGUCUACGACAAUGAACAAGAGGUUGGAAUGGCACUCAACGAAUUAUUUUCAACUGGGGUUGUGAAGCGUAGUGAGAUAUUUAUCACGUCCAAGCUGUGGUGCUGCGACCAUGAACCACAAGAUGUCUCCAAGGCGUUGGCCAAAAGUUUAGAAGAUCUGCAACUCGACUACAUUGAUCUGUAUCUUAUGCAUUGGCCAUUCAGGACAAAGCCCGGCUCAAAAGGAUGGUCCCAUGAAGUCAUGGCUCCAUUAUGUCUUCAAGAAACAUGGACUGCAAUGGAGGGAUUGUACGCGUCUGGUCAGGCUCGUGCAAUUGGGGUUAGCAACUUCUCAACUAAGAAGCUGCAAGAUUUGAUAACAAUGGCAAAAAUUCCUCCUGCAGUUAAUCAGGUGGAGUGCCAUCCUGUUUGGCAGCAACCUGGACUUCACAACUUGUGCAAAUCAACUGGAGUUCAUCUCUCGGCAUAUUCACCUCUGGGAUCUCCAGGGUCUUGGAUUAAGGGAGAAAUCUUGAAAGAACCAAUUUUGGUUGAAAUUGCCCAAAAACUUAACAAGACACCAGCACAAGUAGCUCUGCGUUGGGGUAUUCAGAGUGGACACAGUGUCCUCCCAAAAAGUGUGCAUGAGUCAAGGAUCAAGGAAAAUUUAAGCUUGUUUGAUUGGCGUAUACCUGCAGAGCUCUUCUCAAAGUUCUCUGACAUCCACCAGCAAAGGCUUCUCCGUGGGGAUUUUGCAGUCCAUGAAACUUGUAGUCCUUAUAAAAGCGUUGAAGAAUUGUGGGAUGGUGAAAUUUGAGGUAAGCCAUCAUAUAUGUAUAUAUUGUUCUGGGUAUAGACAAAAUUAAAAGCUUUUGAGGAGGAGUUAUAGCCAAAUGAUCAUAUGUAGGUGAGGAGAAGACAGAAGCACAUUCCUAACGCAAUCAGCAGAUUUAACAGUUAAUCCAUAUUGGUACAAGCCCACUUGGUAGAGUGAAUUAUCCACACAAACAAACCACCCUUCUCAAUUGUCACAAUUGGGGUUCUAUAGAAAAAGACAAAAAUAGUGAAUGAACAAUUUUUUUUUGGUAGAAUUCAAGUUUCAUUUCUUAGAAGAAAAACAAAAAUGGUAAAAACAAAGCAGCUUUCAGCUUUCGGCA